CGCAUCAGACAUGCGUCAUUUACCCGUCCUGAUUGUGCAGGGUGCUCUCCUCUGUGGCGCGGUGUGCUGGACGGCUGCCCAGCGUGAGCAUGGUCAUGACCUUCUGCUGCCGCCUUUCCGUGUUUCAUCGCCAGCUACGCUGAUACUGGAUGACAUCGUUGCUUCUACCUGGCAACAAAGUAUUCCGUCAACGAUCCACGUCACAGCUGGUCCAGGAUAUAAAAGCUACCGUACCACCGGCGGAUUUGGGCACUACACCGCAUCAGACAUGCGUCAUUUACCCGUCCUGAUUGUGCAAGGUGCUCUCCUCUGUGGCGCGGUGUGCUGGACGGCUGCCCAGCGUGAGCAUGGUCAUGACCUUCUGCUGCCGCCUUUCCGUGUUUCAUCGCCAGCUACGCUGAUACUGGAUGACAUCGUUGCUUCUACCUGGCAACAAAGUAUUCCGUCAACGAUCCACGUCACAGCUGGUCCAGGAUAUAAAAGCUACCGUACCACCGGCGGAUUUGGGCACUACACCGCAUCAGACAUGCGUCAUUUACCCGUCCUGAUUGUGCAGCACGCAUUUCUCACCGCACUUCUCAUCCGCAACAAGUCGCACGCCCACGUGCCCGAACUGCCUACUUCUCCACCUCAUUUAUCCCACUCACUGCCAAAGACUGGAACGGCCUUCCUGCUGACAUUGCCGCCAUUACCUACCUGUCCUUGUUCCAAAAAAGUGUAACUAAUCAAUGUCGAACUACCUAGUGUAUAAAUCAUGUGAAAGUUUUGUUAACCCGUUCUUUAUGUAAUGCCUCCUUCAGGAAUCCCUGAAAGGUAAAUAAACUGAACUGAACUGAA